AGUAUCCAUCUCUCACGCAUACAACAAAAUCUAUAAAUGUUUCUUUGUAAUGCCAUGGUGGAGCCUGUAGAAAGAUAAAUUUAUAAUCCCUUGAACUACCACCCAUUGCAACGUGAAACGCUUACCCUACUGCUUUCGUUGCCAAGCCUUCUAAACAAUCUUUCAACAUGAAUACUUUUGAACCACGUACACUGUACUCGUCAGCAACCUAUCCCAUCUCACCUCCGUACGAAUUUAACGACAUCCAUCAAGAUCUAUUCGACCACACACUACUAAGCCAGCCGCCAAAAACGAACAUUCAAAAAAUCGAAUCUGAUAAGCCAAAUAAAAUCGCCUGGAUGCUCAGCCCAGAGAGCACUCGAGGCGACGACGACGAUUUCUCAGAAACCUCAUCUGAUUCGGAAAAAAGUCUCAUCGAUGGCCCUUUGGACGAUGUUGAAAGCCUAUCGGUUCCAUCAAAAAUGCGAUACAAGCACCAGGACGCUGUCAGUGCUAUCAUGAACAGCAAUAGCCAUAUACCAUUAAAAUCCGCCGUAGCCAUCGCCAAUGGGUUAGGUCGGUAUGGUCGCAAAUCGACACCGCAUCGAUCCCCCACAGCCUCUCAGGUUCAAGAAAAGGAUCUGAUAUUCCAGGUUGAUAUGCUGACCCCCAACGGUAUUGAACACAAGUCCAAAGUCAUUUCAGGGGAAUCUUUAUUGAUGGCCUUGAAACGCCGAGUCACCGCGGCCAGACAGCAAGAUCGAACACUCUAUUCACAACCGUCGCCUCAUUCAAAACGCAUGCACCAUAGCCAGCGAGUGUCUGUUACGCGGAUAUGGUUACCUAAAACACCAUCGCCGAGCAUUCACAAGAAAAAUCAACCACGUACUACCAGGCAUUUAGAAUACCCUUCAGCACAGCCACAGAUGCAAAGCACACGAUCACCCAGCCAUGAACCGAUCUAUGACGAAUACUCUAGCAUGGAUUCAGAAUCUGACACCAAACCACGAGAACGUCAGCCCACAGGUCAAUUCAAACCACAUGGCUCCACCCUCAAAACAACCAAGCCAAAAGGUCCCUGCCAAGCUUGCCAAGAGCAUUCAGAAGGUUGCAUGCGCAAGGCUUUUGGAUGGCCGCUAUCGGAUGGCAAGAUUUAUUAUGACAAAGGCAGACCAUUUGUUUAUCUAUGCAACAAAUGUGGCCUGAGAUACAACAAAUCAAAUGGCUGCGUGUGCCGAAAUUGUAAAUGGGUACUAUGCAAGGAAGAUAAGCGCAAGGCGAUGCAUUUCAUUGAAGCCAUGCGUGCUAAACGACCUGAUGGUUACUUGGAUCCAGAAGAAGAGAUCGAAGGUUUCCUUUGCCCUCCCAAGUACUGGAAAUGCAAUCAACCAUGGAAAGUCGGAUGGGUUCUCAGCACCAACACCAAAGAGUGAAACCAAAGAAAAUCAACCUACCCUACGCUUUCAUAGAUUCAGCCGUAGAAUGUUUUUUUUCUCCCAUUAGCCGGCCUGCC